GGCCAGUCACGGCACCGCAGCAUCGCGGUCGCAGAUUGCCGUGCCGAGCGAAGCGACCACAACAAAGCGGCCAGCGAGGCUCUCCGACACCGAGCCGCGCGCACGCAACGAUGCCCUUCCUGCUCACGCCGGGCGCUCGGGCGGUGCCCUCACCGUCAACGCUCUCGCGCCUACUGCUUCCGCUCCACCUACAAAUUACUAAUGGCCGGCACAACCACCAGCACGGUCACGUCCCCGCCUCUCCCCUCCUAUACCCUCGCCUCCGCAACCGCCGCAGCCGAUUCUUCGCGGCCUCCUCCUCCUCCUCCUCGCCUCAGAUGGCGGCGCCUGCCGACGCCGCCGGUGGCUCCUCUGACGCGUUCGAGGUGAUCCGCGUUCACCAGGCAAAAGCUGUUCGUCUUUCUCCAGUUGAAGAAAUACGGACCAUUAUGGACCGAAGUGUCAGAUGUGUUCUUGCUACCCAUUCUCAGGAUCAUGCUGGUUAUCCAUCUGGUUCAAUGGUUGAUUUUGCAUGUGAUCAGGAUGGUUACCCCAUAUUAGCAGUGAGUAGUUUAGCAGUCCAUUCAAAGAAUCUCUCUGGAAAUCCUAAAUGCUCACUUCUUGUUGCCAAAGAUCCUGAGGACAGAACUGAUACUGUAAUCACUGUAUAUGGCGACGCUGUUCCUGUUUCUGACGAAGAAAAAGAUUCAGUGAGAAGUGCUUACCUACGCAGGCACCCUGAUGCUUUCUGGGUUGACUUUGGUGACUUCAGUUUCCUGCACAUCAAACCUAAAGCUGUGCGCUAUGUAUCUGGCGUUGCAACUGCUCUCCUUGGUUCUGGAGAAUUCAAUGUUGCAGAGUAUAAGGAAGCAAAAGUUGAUCCAAUAUCUCAAUUCUCAACUCCUAUCACAAGCCAUAUGAACAAGGAUCAUGCCAAUGAUACAAAGCUCAUUGUGCAACACUCCACUACUGUCAAGGUGGAUUUUGCUUAUAUGCUGGACGUGGACAGCCUUGGUUUUAAUGUGAAGGCUGGUUAUGAUGGAAGUGUUCUGAAGUUGAGAAUCCCCUUCCCAAGACAGGCGCAAGACAGGAAGGAUGUUAAGACACUAAUUGUGGAAAUGCUCCAAGCUGCAAGAGCCUCAUCUUCAGAUCCUGAAUGAUGUCGUCGGUCUGGAAUGUGAAGAAUCGUGCAAAUUGAAGUAAACCUAAUGAAUAAGAGUUAUUGGGUUUCCGUCCAAUCUCUGCACCAACUGAAGGUGGGGCCACAGACACUCCAUGGAUUGAUACACGACCUUGUAUAUAAUAUAACAAAGAGCGCUUGAGCCUUGAAGUACUUGUAGUUGAAUGAAUACAAAGCGAUUUCACUAUAUUGUACUUACUGACAUGCAUAACAAUUUCAACGGAUUGUUCACC